AUGUCGGACGACCACUCCUCGACACCCCGCUCCGCACUCGCGGAGAUCUCUCCAGGCCAGCCCUCCUCCUGCAGGGCCGGCGGCGGCGCGCGUUUGGCGUCCGCCGCGUGCACUCCCGACUUCACCACCCGCUACUCUGACGGUGGCACCGCCGUCGCGGGAUACUCUCCGUUUGGCUGCUGCUCGCCGCCGUCGCCGUUUGCGGGCGGCACUCAGAUUCAGUUUGGCGGCACGCAGUCGGAGGAUGACGAGACCGAAGCAGCCGCGACGCAGCUCCUCGGCGGCACACAGCACGAGCCCCUCGAGACGCGAUGGCGCGGCAGCAGGCGCAAAUCGCAGAGCUGGCCCAUCUACGUGCGCGACGAGUGGCUCUUCGAGUCGGUGGCGGCGUGCGAGCCGCUGCCGUGCGCCGGCUUUGAGCUCUGCGACGCACGGGCGGUCUGA